CGUUUUUUUUCUUUUUUCCUUUUUUAAUUUCCCUCUCGCGAAUCUCGCUGCAGUCGUCGCCGUGCUCCUCCACUGCAAUGGCGACCAUGGAGAGCCUGAUCGGGCUUGUGAACCGGAUUCAGAGGGCGUGCACCGUCCUCGGCGAUUACGGCGGUGAUGGCGGAUCUCUCUGGGAAGCCCUUCCCUCCGUCGCCGUCGUUGGUGGUCAGAGUUCGGGGAAGUCGUCCGUGCUAGAGAGCAUCGUGGGAAGGGACUUCUUGCCUCGUGGAUCUGGUAUUGUGACCAGGAGGCCGUUGGUGUUGCAGCUUCACAAGACUGAGAGCGGGUCCGAAUACGCAGAGUUUCUUCAUGCUCCUAGGAGGAAGUAUACUGACUUUGCUGCUGUUAGGAAGGAGAUUGCAGAUGAAACUGAUCGGAUUACUGGAAAAACAAAACAAAUAUCCAAUGUUCCAAUCCAUUUGAGCAUUUACUCACCACAUGUUGUUAAUUUAACACUCAUAGAUCUUCCUGGGUUGACCAAGGUUGCUGUAGAGGGGCAACCCGAAUCCAUCGUGAGAGAUAUUGAAGAUAUGGUUCGGUCUUAUGUUGAAAAGCCCAAUUGUAUCAUUCUGGCCAUUUCUCCUGCUAACCAAGAUAUUGCUACCUCAGACGCCAUCAAACUUGCAAGGGAGGUGGAUCCUACGGGUGAGCGAACUUUUGGUGUUGUAACAAAGCUUGAUCUUAUGGACAAGGGUACUAAUGCUCUUGAUGUACUGGAAGGAAGAUCAUAUCGGCUGCAACAUCCUUGGGUAGGAAUUGUCAACCGCUCACAAGCUGAUAUCAACAAGAAUGUUGACAUGAUUGCUGCACGGCGGAAGGAACAGGAGUAUUUUGCUACUAGCCCUGAUUAUGGACAUCUAUCACAUAAAAUGGGUUCUGAGUAUCUUGCAAAACUACUAUCCAAGCAUUUGGAGAGUGUGAUCAGACAACGAAUACCUAGUAUAAUAUCUUUAAUUAACAAAACAAUUGAUGAGCUUGAAGCUGAGUUGGAUCGGCUUGGCAGGCCUAUUGGGGCUGAUGGAGGAGCACAACUUUACACAAUAUUGGAGAUGUGCCGUGCAUUCGAUCGAAUUUUCAAAGAACAUUUGGAUGGAGGACGACCUGGUGGAGAUCGGAUAUAUGGUGUCUUCGACAACCAACUACCUGCAGCUUUAAAAAAACUCCCUUUUGAUAGGCACUUGUCUCUGCAGAAUGUUAAAAAGGUUAUAUCAGAGGCAGAUGGUUAUCAGCCCCAUUUGAUUGCUCCUGAACAAGGAUAUAGAAGGCUGAUAGAUAGUUCUCUUGGCUAUUUCAGAGGUCCUGCAGAGGCAUCUGUUGAUGCUGUGCACUUUGUCCUGAAGGAACUUGUUCGGAAGUCAAUUGGUGAGACAGAGGAAUUGAAGCGUUUUCCAACUCUCCAGUCAGACAUAGCAGCUGCAUCAAAUGAAGCCUUGGAAAGAUUUCGGGAUGAAGGCCGUAAAACAGUUCUUCGUCUUGUAGAAAUGGAGUCCACCUACCUUACAGUGGAGUUCUUCAGGAAACUUUCUCAGGAACCUGACAAAGGUCAAGCUCCUGGCUCCACGCCAAAUUCUCAAGCACCAGAUAGAUACGGUGAUAGCCAUUUAAGGAGGAUUGGCUCCAAUGUUAAUGCGUACGUCGCCAUGGUAUGUGACACCCUGAGGAAUACUAUCCCGAAGGCUAUUGUUCAUUGUCAAGUUCGAGAAGCAAAGAGGUCACUGCUUAAUCAAUUCUAUGCCCAUGUCGGGAGUAGGGAGAAGAAACAACUUAGUGCUAUGUUGGAUGAAGACCCAUCCCUCAUGGAGAAGAGGAAUGCCAUAGCGAAGCGACUAGAGCUCUAUAAGUCAGCUAGACAUGAGAUUGAUUCUGUUGCAUGGAAUGACAAACUAAACUAAACUAAACAUCAGAUGCCACACAAACGAGUAAAAGCAAAGUCUUGGUCCAUCGUUCCUCUUCACCCUCUGUGGCGUUGACAUCUGACCGUACGUGGAGAUAUUGCUGCAUAGCUGCACCUCAUGAAUGCACUAGAUGUGAUGGGACAUGAAGGAGAAUGCAAAGACGACAGAUGAAGAAAACGUGUAUUAGAUAAAUGUUUGUGUUAGACUUUAAUGCAUAGUGCUUAUGAUAACUGUCCAACCAAAUAAAUUCUCAUUGAUUUAAUUUAGUGCAAUACAUAAAUUUUUAAAAUUUUUACGAAA